ACUUCAAAUUCAUCAAAUGUCAGGCCUUCUAAUGCUUCAGCUGGUGGUCAUAGUGAGACAUAAGACAUUUUCCCUCUACAAUAGUCACAUGUUAAACCUUCUAUGGCCAACUCUACAGGUUUACCAAUGAAUCUAGCUACCCCAGAUAUUAGCUCAACCCAAGAUUCUUCACUAACCCAAUGUCCCCAAACUCCAUGCAAUAACAAACAGGAGAAACAAACAUUUGAAUCUUCUUCAGACUGUCAGAAAAGUUUCAAGCCCCCUCCUCCUCCACCUCCACCCCCAUCUGUGACAUAUUUUCCUUCAUCUCAAACCUUUCCAAUAUCAUCAAACACUCCAUCUUGUAUUCCACCACCACCACCACCACCACCAUGUCCACCUCCUCGUUUAAAAGGAAAAAAUAACUCUACCAAAGGCCCACCCAUUCCACCUCCACCCCCAUAUGUGACAUAUUUUCCUUCUUCAUCUCAAACCCCCCCAAAAUCAUCAAAAGCUCCAUCUUCUAUUCCACCACCACCAUGUCCACCUCCUCUGUCAAAAGGAAACAACAACUCUGCCAAAGGCCCACCUCCUCCACCAUCUCGACUGCCUCAAUCUACUUCAUUGGGGAAACAUGCAGCUCCAUUACCAAAAUUGAAGCCAUUCCACUGGGACAAGGUAAAAGCUGCCCCUGAUCAACCUAUGGUGUGGGAUAUGCUGCCACAUUCAUUUAGGUUGAACGAAGAAAUGAUUGAAUCACUUUUCGGAGACAAUUUAAAAAACUCAAUGAAGAGUGAUGAAGCAAAGAAGAAGACUCCUCCAAGCAAGCAUGUCUUUGAGCCAAAGAGACUACAGAACAUAAGUAUAGUGUCAAAAGCCUUGAAUGUGACUGCUGAGGAAGUAUGUAAAGCACUAAUACAAGGGAAAGGAUUGGGUUUGCAACAACUGGAGGCAUUGGUAAAGAUGGUACCUACCAAGGAAGAAGAGGCUAAGCUCUCUAGCUAUGAAGGAGACAUUAAUGAACUGGAGUCUGUAGAGAAGUUUUUCAAAGAAAUACCAUUUGCCUUUCUUCGAGUUGAAGCCAUGCUUUACAGAGAAACUUUUGAAGAUGAAGUGAUUCAAUUCAGGAAAUCUUUUUCAAUGCUAGAGGAGGCCUGCAAGGAACUCAGAUCAAGCAGGCUUUUCUUAAAGCUACUUGAAGCCGUGCUCAAAACAGGCAAUCGUAUGAAUGUUGGAACUAGCAGAGGAGGUGCUAGAGCAUUUAAGCUUGAUACCCUCCUUAAACUUGCUCAUGUGAAAGGCACUGAUGGGAAAACUACCUUACUCCACUUUGUUGUUCAAGAAAUACUCUUGUCUGAGGGAAUUAGAGUUUCAGAUAGUAUUAUGGGGGUUGAACAGAGUGAAGAAGAUUACAGAAGAAUGGGUCUUGAUCGUGUUUCUGGUCUGAGUACAGAACUCUCCAAUGUGAAAGAGACAGCUACGAUUGACUUGAAUGUUCUUGCAAGCUCUGUCUCAACCCUAUCAGAUGGAUUGGCCACACUGCAACAUCUAGUACAAAAGGACUUGUGUAUGGAUGAACAAAAUGGAAACUUUGUCAACUCAAUGAGAUCCUUCAUAAAUUAUGCAGAGAAAAUUCUGAAAGACUUGCAGGGAGAAGAAGAUAGGGUCCUAACACAUGUCAAAGAAAUUACUGAGUACUUUCAUGGAGAUGUGAGCAAACACGAAGACAACCCACUUCGGCUAUUUGUCAUUGUGAGAGAAUUUCUGGGCAUGUUAGAUCAUGUUUGCAAAGAGCUUAGAAGCUCUUAAGCUUUACACUGUCCAAAUUCUCUGGCACCAUUCUGGUAGGUUAAAUUGCUUGGUGUGUUUAAAAGAUACAGCUCAUCACCAAUCAGUUUGUAAGUUUAUUUAUUUAUUUAUUCAUGUGGAGCUUUAAACCA